AUGUCCGGACGUUCUUAUGGUGAUCUGCCCAUUCGAGGCGGCCGUGGUGGUGGCGACCGUGGUGGCUCCUGGGGCCGCGGCGAUGGAGGUUCGAGUAGCCGUGGCAGUGACCGCGGCUACAGCGGAGACCGAGGCCGUGGCAGCGACCGUGGAGGUGGUCGUGGUGGACGUGGUGGGUCCGAAGGGCCCUCCAGAAUGUUGACAGACCCGGUUGAAGCCCCCAGCUCCCGUGUUCAGGACUUUGAGGACCAGUACGCUGCAGAGUCAGCAAAGGCUCGACCAGUCUCCAACACUUUGGCUCGGCGUCCUGGCUACGGCACCCAAGGUCGUUCGAUCGUGCUCCGUGCCAACUUCUUCCCACUUGAGUUUAAACCAGGCGUUGUAUUCCACUCUUAUCGACUCAAGAUCAAGCCUGAGGCCAAAAAAGGACAACAAAGGUUCAUUAUUGAGAGUAUGCUCCGCAAGUAUCCUUUCUUCAGAAAGAUCGGCGUUGCUACUGAUGGGACCACUGAGAUUGUCACGACCGAGCUACUCCCCGAAGAUCGUCCGCCGUUCAUUUGUUCCAUGAGCAAUGGAAAUGGGCAUGGAAGUGGGCAUGGAAGUGGGAGUUCGAAGAACAAUACCGGCCCUUGGAAUACAACUUUGAUCCUUGAGCGCUCUUAUUCACCAGCUGACAUGAUUGCGGCUGCUCGGGACGUCAACCGCCGAGAGGAGCUUCAGUAUGAAGCUCCCAGCCUCCGAGUACUGAAUAUCCUCAUGAGUGCUUAUGCCUUCAAAGAUCCUGGAGUCUGCAUCAUCGGCAAGGGACGAAACAAAUUCUUUUGGAUGGACCGCCGAAAGCAGUCGAUGGACAUGAGGAUUAGCGCUGAAGCUGCUCGUGGUUUCUUCUCAAGUGUCCGAGUUUGUGCUGGACGAAUCAUGCUCAAUUUGAAUGUCAGUCACGGUGCAUUCUACACUCCAGGUCCGUUGAACAAGCUGCUUGAGGAAUACAUGGCCAAUAACAAAAAGGACGGGGAUGUUUUCAACCGGUGGGUGAGGGGCUUGAAAGUCUAUGCCACACAUCUAGACCCUCGAGAGAACGGAGCUGGUCUGCAGGAAAUACCUAUCAAAUCAAUCCUUGGAAUUGCGACUCCUCAGGAUGGACGCGGACAGGCCCACCCCCCAGAGGUUCCGCGUUUGGGAUCUUCUGCAUCAAGCGUGAUGUUCUGGUGGGAAAGGGAAAAUCGCAAAAGUUACGUUACCGUUACUGCGUACUUCCUUGAAAAGUACAAUAUCAAACUCGUACAUCACGAUAAUAUGCCGGUCGUGAACGUUGGAACCCGCGAGAAUCCAAUUUACCUUCCUAUGGAAGUUUGCGAAAUCCUCCCCGGGCAACCCUACAAGCCCGAUCCUACCACGAUCCAACGACAGAACAUGAUCAAGUUCAGUUGCCGGCGGCCUCCUCAGAACUAUGACUCUAUUAUGACUGAGGGGUUGGAAAUCAUGGGAAUCUCUGGAGGCCAUACCAAGACGGUGGGUAUCAAGCCCAGCAACCAAAUGGUCACUGUACCAGCACGGAUUUUGAGUCCCCCAAAUCUGCUUUAUGGCGGCAAGAAGACCACUAGCCCUCGAAACGGCUCGUGGAAUUUGGUCGGCACCAAAUUCGCCCAGGGCGCCAAGAUCGGCAAAUGGACCUGUUUAUGGAUUCGGAAGCCCGGUGGUAAAGAAACAUUCAAUAAUUUUGAUUCCGAGAUGGACGCUUUUUACAGGAAAUUGCGUGAUCAUGGCCUGUCGCUUCCGUCGCCCGCUAAGCCGUAUAUUUCGGUUCUUCUCGGUGAUGAUGAGAAAGAAAAUCGAAAUAUCAUCAGGGGAACUUUCAAAAGGUUCCAGGGGCUGUUCCCAUUCGUGGUUGUCUUGCUUCCUACAACGGAAGGUAAGGUCUUCGAUUUCGUCAAGUAUGCCGGAGAUAUCAAGACUGGAGUCCUUACGCACUGCAUGCAAGCCACCAAGUUCGCAGGUGCCAAUGAGCAGUACCUGAGCAACAAUGCCAUGAAAGUCAAUCUCAAAAUGGGAGGAUGCAAUCAACUCCUGCAGCCGACGAAUGCACGCUUUAUUGGUGCCGCGAAGAACACCAUGGUUGUCGGCUUGGAUGUCACUCAUCCUUCGAGUGUAGACCCGGAAACCUUCCCCAGUAUUGCUGCAAUCGUUGCCUCUGUUGAUCAUCUCAUGGGACAAUGGCCUGGUGAGGUUCGAGCCCAAACACGCCGUCAAGAGCACAUUGAAUUCCUCAAGGAGAUGACGCUUACCCGCCUGAAAUUGUGGAAGGAUAACAACAAUGGCAAUCUCCCCCAAAACAUUCUUGUAUACCGCGACGGCGUUAGCGAUGGUCAAUUCCCCAUGGUCCUUGAAGAGGAACUUCCAAAAAUUCAAGAGGCCGCCAAAGCGGUAUACCGUGGAUCAAUGCCCAAUAUCACUGUCAUUGUCUGCGGAAAACGUCACAAUGUACGCUUCUACCCUACUAACUCCAAAGAUCAAGACAGAACAUCCAACCCACUCAACGGAUGUGUCGUCGACCGCGGAGUUACCCGGCCCAUCUACUGGGACUUCUAUCUGCAGGCCCAGGCUCCGCUUCAGGGUUCUGCUCGACCAGCUCACUACGUUGUGAUCCACGAUGAGAUCUUCGCCAACUCAAAGGUCAAUACGGACCGCAAGCCAGCUGAUGUGGUGCAAGAACUUACCCACAGCAUUUGUUACAUGAUGGGCCGGGCUACUCGCUCGAUCAGUUACUGCACGCCUGCCUUCCUGGCUGAUAGAUUUUGUGAUCGUGCCCGGAAGUAUCUGUUGGCCCACUACCAUGACAAUAACAGCUCACCCUUAAAGUCGGAAAACAUUCAAAGCAGUGCCCUGUCUAUGGCGAGCGCAUGCCAGAACAGCAUGGUCUACAUCUAA